AUGUCAUCUUCGACAGCUUCCGUUCAACCCGGACGGAUCCGGGUUCUAAAGCAAGCACGCGGUCUACCCAUUGAUCAGAAGAAACUCACCGGACCAGUGGUAUACUGGAUGUUUAGGGAUCAGCGGUUGAGAGAUAAUUGGGCUCUGAUUCACGCCGUCGAUCAAGCCAACAAGUCCAAAGUUCCCGUCGCCAUAGCUUUUAAUUUGUUCGAUUCAUUCUUGGGUGCCAAAGCCAGACAAUUGGGGUUUAUGCUGAGAGGUCUUCAAAAGCUGCAUCAUCGUCUCCUUGAACAGUCUCUCAAUAUUCCCUUUUUUCUAUUCCAGGGCGAAGCUGUAGAUACAAUUCCUGUAUUUUUGAAAGAAUGUGGGGCUUCACUUUUGGUAACAGACUUUUCACCAUUGCGGGAAGUCAGGACUUGGAAAGAAACAAUGAUCAGGAAGGUGGAUGAGUCCGUGUCCAUCCAUGAAGUCGAUACACACAACGUGGUGCCUGUUUGGGUGGCAUCUGAUAAGUUGGAGUAUGGUGCUCGGACGAUAAGGAGAAAGAUUACUAAAUUGCUUCCGGAAUAUUUAAUUGAUUUUCCAACCUUGAUGCCUUCUGAAAUGAAGUGGCCUGCACCCCAGCCUCCCAUAGAUUGGGAGAGAAUUAUUGCAGAUGUUGUAAGGAGAGGAGCUGAAGUGCCUGAGAUUCAAUGGUGUGAACCAGGGGAGGAUGCUGCUCUAGAAGUAUUGAUGGGGCAUAAAAAUGGGUUUUUGACAACAAGAUUGAGGAAUUACUCCACUGAUCGUAAUAAUCCGUUGAAGCCGAAAGGACUUUCUGGUCUGUCUCCUUAUCUGCACUUUGGACAGAUAGCAGCCCAACGAUGUGCACUUGAGGGACAAAAAGUCCGAAAACUAUUUCCACAGGCAGUUGAUACAUUCUUAGAGGAACUGAUAGUACGCCGAGAACUUUCUGAUAACUUCUGCUUCUAUCAGCCUCAUUAUGACUCCCUACAGGGGGCUUGGGAAUGGGCAAGAAUUACUUUGAUGGCUCACGCCUCUGACAAACGCGAACACAUUUACACGAGGCAACAGCUGGAGAAGGCACAAACUGCAGACCCUCUUUGGAAUGCCUCUCAAUUAGAAAUGGUUCAUUCUGGGAAGAUGCAUGGUUUUAUGAGGAUGUACUGGGCGAAGAAGAUCCUAGAAUGGACAACUGGUCCUGAAGAAGCCCUUGCCACCGCAAUAGCUUUGAAUGACAAGUACCACAUAGACGGGAGAGAUCCAAAUGGUUAUGUUGGUUGCAUGUGGUCAAUAUGUGGUGUGCAUGACCAGGGCUGGCGUGAGCGCCCAAUAUUUGGGAAAAUAAGGUACAUGAACUAUGCAGGCUGCAAAAGGAAGUUUGAUGUUGAUGGAUAUAUAGCCUACGUAAAGAGGUUAGCAGGCGAGAGUUCGAAAAGGAAAGCAGAGAACCAACUGAAACAAGUGGCAAAGCAAACCCGAUUGGCAGAUUUUCUCCCUCCCCUCCCUUCUCAGUAG